GCUGCUGCAAUGUCCGGAAGAAGACGAUCAGCAUGGCGGAUGUAUUUUUGUCUUCACGCUCUGCUUCUCAGCCCAGCGUUUCGUUUCAGCGUCUCAGCAGCGGUACUUUCUGACUAAACCCGCGGCGGAUUGCUGCCUGGAGCCGGCGGCCAAGCCUCAGAUCUCCGGCUGUUUCUCCGCAUGUUGUGCCCGGUGAACCCGUUUGGCUGGGGUUCCAGUCUUCACACUCACGUGGGUACACUUGCAGACGUUUUUGCUUCUUUGGACGUGGUGGAGUUUUGGGUGUAGCCAUUUUUAAACACGUGGGUGCAGCAGCGUCUGUAACCAGGCAACCAGAGACAGAACCAUAGGACCGGACAGGACCAGGCACACAGAGACGUCUGAGGUCUGUCUGCUGGACUUCGCAUAGGGUCCUCGCUACAUGGUCUCCUGAUAUGGACCUGACCUGGCAUAUCUCAUCAGUAGCCUGAAAACAGAGCAACGACAGAAACUUCUUAAUUCAGCCAUUUUUACUUGACUUAAAGAAGAACUAAAAUCAGCCUCUGUGAUCACAACGCACAUUCUACAACCAACAAUGGGUGAGGUGACGGUGAAAGUAGAGGAGGUGGUGAUGAAACAGGAGACCUCCUUGGACCCGUUACCAGAACCUCUGCUCAUCAUCAUGUCUCCUCCUCCGGCUUUCCUGCCGGUACCCGGUGAGCCGACGAUGCUUUGGCCUAAAUGGCUCAAAGCUUUUGAACACUACUUGGAGGCACUCGGUGAAAAAGAGCUGGUCGACUCCAGUAAGUGCCUGCUCUUACAGAACUGCCUCGGCCUGGAGGGGCAGCGUAUUUUUACGAUACUGAUCCCGAAUGAAACCACAUAUGCAGCAGCCAUAUCAGCGCUGACGGUUUACUUCAGCGCUGAUCACACCAUUCAGAUGCACCGACUUAAAUUCCACCAAAGGGCUCAGAUGCCUGGAGAGACACUGGAUCAGUUUUUCUCUGUGUUAGGAGAACUGCUGAGGCCGUGCAGCUAUGGAAACUUGCAGGAAAAACUUUUACUGGAUCACCUCAUUGCCAAAACAAAUUACCCACAACUCAGGGAGAGGCUACUGAUGGGUAGGGAAACUUUGACCUUGGCCACAGCUUUAGUUAUCGGUAAAGAGGUGGAAUCCGCUUUCAACGAAUCUCAAAUGUUUGACAUUCACGAGGUCAGCGUGGACAUUGGAGAUGAUUUAGAUCCCCCCAUUCAAAGAAAAGCCAGAAGAGGAAGACCUCGGCGCGGGGAGAAACGAGCAAAAACAAACCCGCAUUCAACUAAACCGCCAACAACAUUGUCUCGACACAAAGAUAACUACUACUACAGAACCAAUAAGCGGUGCUAUAGUGACGGCGAUGAGGAGAAGAGUACUGGCAGGAAUACAGUGGCUUUGGAUAAAGAGGAUGAUGGUGAAAAUGGAGCCUCAUCUUCAUUGCAGAGGACAAAAGAGAAAGGCUGCGACAAAGCUACCGACAGAACCGAUGAUGAGGAGGAAGAUGAUGAAGUCGCUUCUUCGACUCAACAAAAAGGCCCCUACUGUCCCAUCUGUAGCAAUAGACGCUUCAGAGACGCACAUAAGCUGGCCAGACACAUGAGGACACACACAAAGGAGAAACCAUUCACUUGCCCGAUCUGUGCCACAACCUUCAGCCAGUCAUACCACAUGACCCGACACCUGAGGAACCAGCAUGGAGCGGGCCAACAUGUCUGCAGCACCUGUGGCGAAAGUUUAGGGAGCUAUGCGGAGUUGCAGAGUCACAAGAGGACGCACAAGUCGCAAGUUUUGUCGUGUCCGGAUUGUAAUGAGAAAUUCACUAACAACGAUGUGUUUUCUUCUCACAUCAAGUCACACAGUGAGAACCAAUCCAGCCAAACAGAGGCGCAAAGUUCUCAGCAAACUGCUGGAAAUGAAGUGAAAAGUGAAGAUGUUGCUAAUGAUGAUGCAAUCUCUGGUAAUGGUGAUUCUCUGGAAAAAGAAGUUAAUCUUGUGAUGGAAGACAAGAACCCUAGUGAAGCUAAAUCUCAAGUUGGAGACAGAAAGAAGGAAAAAGUCACUUCUAAGACUAAAACAAAAGGCCAUUUUUGUCCCAUCUGUGUCGGCAAGCGCUUCAGGGGGCCAAACAAACUCGCCAGACACAUGAGAACGCACACGAAAGAGAAACCAUUCACCUGCCCAGUUUGCGCAAUGACCUUCAGCCAGUCCUAUCACAUGACCCGACAUGUGAGGAACCAGCACGGCUUCAGCCAGCAUAUCUGCUCCAAAUGUGGGAAAAGCUAUGACAGCUGGCUAGAACUGAAAGCGCACAAGAAGACUCAUGCAAUCGAAGGCCUGACGUGUCUUGCAUGUGAUAAACAGUUCAAAGAGAAGGCUGCACUUGCGAGCCAUCUCAAGUUACAUAAGAAGGUCCAGUCCAGCCCCCGAAACCUCAUCUGCGGUGAUUGCGGCAAAGUAUUUGGCCGACUGUAUCAUCUGAAAAGGCACAUAGUCACCCAUCGAAAAGCAGCAAAUGGUGAGUGUUACACAUGUCCUGACUGUCAGAAGACAUUUGCUUUUCCAGAAGACCUCAACAAACAUUUAGAGAUUCAUGUCAAAGAAAACAACGGGACUUGUCCAAAAUGUAAUGAAACUUUCAGUAGUCCGGAGGAGCUGGAGGCACACAUGGGGGUUCAUCAGAAGUCUUACGCCUGCAGCACCUGUGGGAAGAAGUUUAAGGUUGAGUAUGCACUGAAGAAGCAUGAGCAAGGUCACCAAAAUGAACAAUAUUACUGCUCGCUGUGCCAAAAACGGUUUCUCAAACUCUCUCACUAUAAGAGGCACAUAAUGGUCCACGACAGACGGGAAUCUAGAUGUCCACACUGUGACAGCGUUUUUCUACAGUUAACAGCUUUGAAGUAUCACCUGCGAACGCAUACCGAAGAAAGACCCUACCAGUGCACCUGCUGUAUUGAAACCUUUGAGGAGAAGGAAGAUCUAGAGCAACAUUGCCUCAAACACAGAAAGUUCAAAAAACAGAGGCCCUACUCAUGCACUCGGUGUGAUUACGCUUUCUGCACACUGGUGGAGCUGACAGAACACAUGAGCUCACACGAGGGAGAGCCGCCACUGACCUGUCCCGUUUGCGGCAGGACGUUCCUGAACAAGAACAAACUGGAGAAGCACCUGACCAUCCAUACUGGAGCGAGACCUCACCUCUGCUCUAGCUGCGGCAACGGCUUCCCCUCUGCCGCCAGCCUCAAGUUACACAUCCACAUCCACACUGGAGAGAAACCCUUCCAAUGUUCACAGUGCAACAAGAGUUUCAGGUCAUCCAGCGGGCUGCGCCUGCACAGCAGACAGCACAUGGAGGUGCGGCCCAGCUAUGAGUGUCCUGAGUGCGGCAGGACUUACGGUCGAAUGACGGAGCUAAAGAUGCACCAGCGCUAUCACACAGGAGAUAAACCUUAUGCAUGCACAUGCUGCAGCAAACGCUUCAUUAGCAAAGACAAGCUGAAUGUUCACAUGAGGAUACACACAGGGGAGAGACCUUACUCCUGCCCCCACUGUGGACAGACAUUUACACAGACCGGGGACAGAAACAGACACAUCAGCAAACACCACCAGUCAGUUUAGUGGUAGAGCUGCAGAAAAGCUUUGGUUCUUACUUUUCAAUGAUUGCACCAGUGGUUUUGCAUGUUUGUAGGGGUGUGUAGCAUUAAGAAUCACUUCAGAUUCUGAUGUGUUACAUUGUCUGAGAAAGAAUAGGAAGCCAAAAUGUGUUGAAAGCAUAGCGUAACCUACGCGGCCUUAAUGCAAAUUAUCAUAAAUGAUCAAGUAACAAAAAUUUCAACAUUUAGAUUGUACUUUAAAGGUCCUAUGUUAUGCUCCUUUUCAGCAUAUUAGUCAGAGUCUCAUAUGUCCCCACAAUUUGUUUAUCAACUCAAAAUACAGCAUAGAUGGUUAAUUUUACCAUGACAGUGUAACCUCUAGGUUUAGGGCUGUUAUGAAAGAGCUGUUUUGCUCUGAAAACCAAUGAGAUGCUGCUGGAGUUUUCAGUUAGUGUGAGCCUGAAAACAAUUGGUUAUUUAGGUGUUAGACAGCAAACAGCACCUACUGAUACUACCGAUACUGGCCCUAUAUUUACUUGGUAUCGGAUCGAUACCAAAUCUUGCAGUAUCGCACACCACUAUUGUGAAGUAGGAGUAUGAUGGAAAAACCUAGGAAGGAAACAUUGUGAUGCCCGUGAUACAAAUAAAAAAUAAAAUAAAAAACAUUUACAAUGCUCAGCGAAAGCAUUACAGUCCAACAAAGAAAGCUAUCAAUAGUGAGACAUACUGCCAGCAGGGGGAGACAAACAUUCAGCACUGCAGGUUUAAAGGAUAUAUGAGUGUGUUCAUACCAAAGUCUUUUACUAAGAAGCCAGUCAGAUGUUAAAUGUCUAAACACAAACAGCUUAAGAGAGUGGUGCAAGAGACGAAUAAAUCAAAAAAAUAAAUAUAGGGGAGGUACAAAUCCACACACUUAUUUGGUGCUACUGACACAUUUUGGUUUUGUUUUCUUAUUGGAUUGUACAGGAUAUCAAUUUUUCUGGUCACUGUAGUUUAAAUCAGUGUUACAAAUGAAAAAUUCUCAUUCUGUGUAUUUCCCAUCUGAUCAUAGUUUAGUUUUACUGCUAAAAUAAAUUACUUAUGCAAACAAAGCAACAGCAGAAUCAUGUCUUUUAGGGGUGAUUUUAUAUAAUUAGACUCCAGACUCCAACCAAAUUCACAAGAUCAGGAUUUUUAUGUGUUUUAGGUUUGAUUUUCUUUCUUUAAUUCAUGUGCAAAAACAUGCAAAGCCACUGUACCCAUGUCCAAAAUGAUUUCCCUGCGCACAGUAAAGCAUUUACGGCUGUUGCAUAGUUUAUUGCUGCUGUGCUGCUUUCUGCAGGUUUUAUACGUGAACUGAAGGCAUCACUACACUUCUCAAAAGUACAAAUGCAACACUAAAGCUCUGCAUGACAGUUUUGUCUUUGUAGCUCAUGCCUCUCACUCCUGUGCCUGAUGUAUCUUUGUCAUAAGGCAUUUUGGUCUUACAAAUUUUCAUACUCAAACUGAAAAGACACUAAAAGAGUAUGAUUCAUUAUUUUUAUUUUUGUCCUGUCUCCUCUCUGUAUGUGUUGCUAUACUAUGAUGUCUCUUACAUUUCACUUAUGGAUAUCUUUAUUGGGGCUUCUCUCAAUGCGAGCAUUUGUAACUGUGUUUAGAAAAGUGCCAUUAAAAUAAAACCAUUAUUCACUCUA